CAGCUCUCUUCUCUCUUCUCUCUCCUCUCCUCUCCUCUCAAAUUCAACAUUAAACUUACUCUUCGUCUUACGAUCCACAUCACAAAUACGAAACUGAAAAAUAUGGUGAGAGAAAUUGAAGUCGAGUCCAAGAAAAACUCGGAAAAUUUGAAGUUUCUUUGCAGUUAUGACGGCAAAAUCCUGCCUCGUUCGUCUGACGGUCAGCUCCGUUACGUUGGCGGUAUCACUAGAGUCUUUUCCGUUGAGCGUUCAGUGUCCUUUGCUGAGCUUAUGGUGAAACUGGGAGAGUUCUGUGGAUCUUCCGUGACUCUGAGGUGUCAGUUGCCAAACGGAGAUUUAGAUACCUUAAUUUCGAUUAAGUCCGACGAGGAUUUGACUAAUCUUGUGCAAGAAUACGAUCGCGCAGCUCCUAGUUCAAAAAUCAGAGCUAUUUUAUCACCUCCAGCAUCGCUCAAACAGAUUUCACCUCCUCCGAGUGUAGAUUUUCCGUCAGCUAAACCGUCGUUUACAGCCGUAGAUCGUUGCUCUCGUUCUCAGCCUUCUUCGCCAACGUUUGGAUACGUCAUCGGUUCUCAGCCUUCUUCACCGCCCUUUGGAUAUGUCCGCGUUUCUCGGCAUUCUUCGCCGACGAUUGGGUAUGUCAAGCCUUCUCGUUCUUCUUCCCCGACGCUUGGAUAUCCCGCCUACCGCAAAGUUUCUCACUAUCCCAUCCACGCGCAAGGAAACCUUCGGUCCUUGUAUUGCCCUUGCACUUACGGGAAUUGACAUUGAGACAAAGAAAGCCCCCUGUACAAGUACAUGAUCAUAAUCAGAGAAUCAGAUAAAUUUAAAACAAUUAUAUUACAAUCGGAAAACAAAUUUGAUACAAGUUUUGGAUGAUAUUAGCGUGUGAUUGUAAUUUAUAACUGUAAAUUCAAGAAAGGAAAUAUUUUUAAUUCAAUAUGGGUAAUGUAUUUGUGCC